AUGGAGACAUGGCGCAAACAGCCCGCCGCAACUCGGCGCCUGCCCAGCCUGGAAGGCUGUUGCUGCCGCUUCCGCGUCCAGCGCCAUUGGCAGUGGCAGCAGAUGAUCGAGGAACCGCUUGGGGUACACGCCUUCUGCAACCAGUCGGGGCUGCCGCGCUUCCACGCGAUCUUCUGCCCCGAGCCUGGGGAGGAGGAGUUCCUGGGCUGCUUCGAGACGCCGGAAGCUGCGGCGAGCGCCUGGGACGCCCGCGCGCGGGAGGCGGAGUGGCCGGUGGCCAACUUCCCCCAGGACGAGGAGGAGUCUCAGACGCUGCUCCUGGACAAGUUCACCAUCUACCGCUCUCGGGGUUUCCCAUAUCCUCCAUCGGACACCGCCUGGCGCCAAGAGCAGCUGAAAGGCUUGCUCAAGGUGAACCUCACCGAGCUUUGGAGGUCUGAGGAGCAAGUGGACUAUGAGAACAGCGCAGAUGAUCUUUGCUGGUCCUUUCAUCCCCACGGCUUUGAAGUGUCGAAGACACGGCAUGUGUCCAAAGCGGGGCCCGUGCUGAAGCCAAGCGCCCUGGAGACCUUCGAAAGCAACGCCGGGCUGAUGAAGAGCCUUCGCACCUGCGUGGAGCGCUGCGGGGAUCCCAGCUGCUCGCCGAAGACUGUGCGGGAGGAGUGCAGGUUCCACGAUGACUCCAUGGUCUUCCAAGGGGGCGGCAGCUGGAUCGCCAACUUCCCAGCGCUGGUGGCCGCAGCGCUUUUCCGGCGAUUCGCGCCGGGCGGUGUGGUGUAUGACCCCUGCGCCGGCUGGGGCGGGCGCUUACUCGGGGCGCGUCUGGGGGGCGUGAAGAAAUACAUCGCCUGCGAGCCCAGCGCCCAGACCUUCGAUGGCCUCCAGGAGUUUGCCCAGCUCUUGGCACCUCUGGAUGUGGAGCUGCACCCCUGUGGCAGUGAGGACUUGGAUUUGACGGAGCAAGUGGACAUGGCCUUCACGUCGCCGCCCUACUUUAACACUGAGUGGUAUAGUGACGAGCAGACACAGAGCCACAUCCGCUUCCCCACUGUGGAGAAAUGGCGCGCUGGCUUCCUGCAGCCGACGCUCAGCAAGAUGGCGGCCGCUGUGCGCCCUGGAGGUCACCUCUUGCUCUCCGUCACCAAGCGCCGCUCCCAUCGCCGUGCUGGGCUUGAUCUGGAGGCGGAUGUCCAGCAGAUGGUCUCUGAACUCGGACUGGUCCAGGAGCCUACUUUGCGGAUGCAGCGGGCGGGCUCCGCCGAUGCGCGGCCCAUCUACGUGUGGCGGAAGAGGAAAACAUAG